CUCAGACACAUGGGCAAAGGAGAGGUUCGCAGCUGCUCCCUUCUACCUUUUUGGGGACCCAGGCCUCCCUGUAGGGUAUGGGACCUUUCGUGUGAACUUCUCAUCCUUCGGCUGCAGUUUCCGAGACUUCCGCUUCCUCGUUUUUUACCCAGAGUCAUAUGGAGAAAGGAAGGCGUCACCAGUUAGAGAACUGCACUGUUCUGUUGUCAUUCAGACAGAAUUGGGAUCCAGUUUCUCGUUGUCUUUAUUGAGGAUUUGAGUCAAGAGUCCUAAGAGGUUGAACACUGCUGCUGGAGGCUGGCGAUUCCUGGGAGAAUGGCAAGGAACAGAUGCCCUGCUUGGAGUGUCCCAUGAGAAUAAGAGAGUAGCUUCCUAGUUCUCCCAGUGCUUUGCUGUUAAGGCAAAUUGACUGUCAAGAUGGCAGCCCUUGGUCUGACUUCCACAUUUGCUUUGUCUACUCAGGAUCCUGCCUGUCUCCACGAGUCAGAAUUUCCUCUUCCUUCCAAACACCAUUCCUGUCCCCAGAAUUUGGAACUGUUUGCUUGCCAUAGUUUGGAGCCAACCAGUGUUCCUUCUCAGGAGUCCUUGACUUUCCAAGACAUUGCUGUGGACUUUACUGAGAAGGAGUGGCCCCUGCUGGAUUCCUCUCAAAGAAAAUUAUACAAAGAUGUGAUGCUGGAGAACUAUAGCAACCUGACUUCACUGGGGUAUCAGGUUGGCAAACCCAGCCUCAUUUCACAUUUGGAGCAAGAAGAGGAACUGAGGACAGAGGAGAGAGGCAUUCACCAAGGCACUGGUUCAGAUUGGGAUAGUCCAUCUAAAACCAAGUGGUCAAUGCUUAUGGAUGAUAUUUUUGGAAAGAAAGCAUCCAAUGCUGUGACAGUGGAAAGAACUCAUCUUGGAGAGAAAUCCACGGAAUAUGCCCACUUGUUUGAAGUCUUAAGCAUGGGUGCUCAUCUUACUCAGCCAAUGGGAACCACUGGCAAGAGGCCCUAUCAUCUUCACAACUAUGGGGUUGCUUUCAAGAAUAGGACACACCUAACACAGCAUAUGAGCAUGUAUGAUGGUAGAAAAAUGCACGAAUGUCACCAGUGCCAGAAAGCCUUCACAACAAGUGCUUCCCUUACCCGGCACCGUAGAAUCCACACUGGAGAAAAGCCCUAUGAGUGCAGUGACUGUGGGAAAGCCUUCAAUGACUCCUCAGCCCUCAGGAGCCAUGCGAGAACUCACCUUAAAGAAAAGCCCUUUGACUGCAGUCAGUGUGGAAAUGCAUUUCGGACACUCUCUGCCUUGAAGAUACACAUGAGAGUUCACACUGGUGAGAGACCAUACAAGUGUGAUGAGUGUGGCAAGGCCUAUGGCAGGAGCUGCCACCUUAUAGCUCACAAGCGGACACACACCGGAGAGAGACCCUAUGAGUGCCAGGACUGUGGGAAAGCCUUCCAGCACCCCUCACAUCUGAAGGAGCAUGUCCGGAACCACACUGGGGAAAAACCCUAUGAGUGCACACAGUGUGGCAAAGCCUUCAGGUGGAAGUCCAACUUCAAUCUGCACAAGAAGAACCACAUGGUGGAGAAAACCUAUGAGUGCAAAGAAUGCGGGAAAUCCUUUGGUGAUCUCUUGUCGCGGAGGAAACACAUGAGGAUUCACAUUGUGAAGAAACCAGUUGAGUGUCGCCAGUGUGGGAAAACAUUCCGAAAUCAGUCCAUCUUGAAGACGCACAUGAACUCUCAUACUGGAGAAAAACCAUAUGGAUGUGAUCUCUGUGGAAAAGCCUUCAGUGCAAGCUCCAACCUCACUGCACACAGGAAGAUACACACUCAAGAGAGACGCUACGAAUGUGCUGCCUGCGGGAAAGUCUUCAGUGAUUACCUAUCACGGAGGAGACACAUGAGCAUCCAUCUUGUAAAAAAACGUGUGGAAUGUCGACAGUGUGGAAAAGCCUUUCGGAACCAGUCCACCCUGAAGACUCACAUGAGAAGUCACGGAGAGAAGCCAUAUGAGUGUGAUCACUGUGGGAAAGCUUUCAGCAUAGGGUCCAACCUUAAUGUGCACAGGAGGAUCCACACUGGAGAAAAGCCCUACGAGUGCCUUGCCUGUGGGAAAGCCUUCAGUGACCACUCAUCGCUCAGGAGCCAUGUGAAAACUCACCGGGGAGAGAAGCUCUUUGCACCCUCUGUGUGGAAAAGGCUCUAGUGAGUACAGAGGCCAAAAGGAAAUCUGGUAGAUGAGAAGAAGGUAGGAAGCAUUUAUCAGUUCUCCUCUUACUGUGCACAGAAGAAUACAUGGAGCUUAGGAACAAUUCAAUUUGUGCAAAAACUAAAAAACCUUGUUUCUUCUCUCUUAAAAGAUUCCUGAGAAUGUACACACUAGGGGGGGAAUGUGUACCAUGGUGUGGAGACAUUGUGCAUCAAGCUGUUAAGUGCACAGUAACUUAGGGAAAGAAAUCUCAUCUUGGAAACAACUUCAGCAAUAUAUCCUAUCUUGUGGGCACAUUAGGGAGAAUCUUUAUCAAUGCAGUGACAGGGAGUCUCCUGGUCUCUCACUUCAUGAAAGAAACCACACUAAAGAGAAGAACCUUUAAAAGUAAGGAAUGUGGCAAAGUCUAUAAACAUAGUGAGCCAUCUGUCUGGUUUUUAUGGCCUGCAAGCGAAGAUGUUCCAUUUUUAAAGAGGAAGCAUAUGUGCCAGAGACCUUACGUGGCCCUCAAAGCCUGAAAUACUAUUUUUGCCAGGAAGCGUUGCUGAAUCUUGAUCCACCGCAGUGAUACUCAACUGGGGGCAGUUUACUGUGUAGGGGACACCUGGCAUUAUCUGGAGAUGUUUUGGCUUUUUGAAUGGGAGGAGAUACUAUUGGCUGUAGCAAGAAGACAUUAGGGAUACAGCUAACUAUCCUGUAAUGCACAGGAGUCCCCCACAUUAAAGAAUUAUGUGUCAUUAUUGCUGUGUUAAGAAUAAUCUGUUAUGAUUCAGCUAUUGCCUAUAGCAAUUCCUCAGUUUUUGUGAUUGUGUGUGCACUCUCACUAGGAGAAACUUCUUUUUAAAAUGCCAAAAAACAGAUCCAGCUGUUUGAGGAAGUUUGUGAGAUCUUGCACUGCUGAUGAUCCCUCUUGGAAAUGAUUUCCAUCAUAGUCAUCUUGCCAUUGUCAUAGGGAAUCUCCAUGGAGAGAAAUCCUAAUGAUAUUUUCCUGUGAAUGUGGGAUUGCAUUUAUCGGUCUUUCAUUGUGAAAUGCGCCUGGCUCAUUCAUUUCUCUUUACUUUUAAGUUUAUGCUCCUGACCCUCAGGCCUCAUCACACAAGGUUUGUAUAUAGUAUUUUUGCUACAACUUCAUUCGUGAUAUCUUAAUUUUCUUUUGAAUAACUUACUUGACCACAGGCAUAUUUAGAAUUGUAUUGUAUCACAAACUGGAUAAGGUGGGUAUUUUUUAGACCUGUCUGUUACUGAUACCUGAUUCAAAUGUACUGUGAUCAUAGCAUGACAUUUUCAUCAUGUGGAUGUUUUGGUAUGUUUGUGUUCUGUCCAGCCAAGAACAGCAUAGACUUCUGGUUGUUUCUUCGGUGUUUGCUGUCAGCUUUUUCCAUAUGGAAAGAAUCUAGGUUCUGUCAGAUAAACAAGGUGUGCUGUUAAAAAAAUAUUUUACAGGUUUUCUUGCUACUACUACUGUUCAUGUCCUAUGUCCUGGCCAUUGGCAAGUAAGCAGAGGCCACUGUGUGUGUUCCUGAGGAAAGCUCUUGUAAAGUGGUCCUUACCUGGGUUUUUCUCUUCACAUUUUGUUUUUUCCUCUUCUCCCUACUUCUUCCUUGCAAGCACCUGGUGCUAAAAGAUCCAUUUUGUGACCAUGAGGGUGAAAACACAGUCUAAGGAGCAUACUGCAGAAAAGUCACAGUGAUCCUGGCCUGUCCUGUGGCUUGAGUAUUUGCACCAGUCCUGGAUUUGUUACUUUCAGAAUUCCUAUUACAUGGAUUAAAAAUAAAAUUAGUUACUGGUAUAAGCUUCUGUGAAUAUUUUGUUAUUUUUCUGUUUGCUUUACUUACUGAUCAGAAGAGGGUUCCUUACUCAGUGGAUGAUGUCUGAAACCUAUACACCUGGUCGUUGGUGAGUUAAUGAUUGCUCCCAAUACCUAUUGAUACAAUGUGUGCACUUUAAAAAAAAUAAUUAAUUUUUUAUUUAUUCAUAUGUGCAUAGAUUGAUUGGGCCAUUUCUCACCCCCACCUUCCA